AUGUCUCGACACCAGUAUGACCUCAUCCAGUGCAUGAAACAAACAGGCCCUUCUACUGGUCUCGUGUGUCAACAGUGCGACGGGAGAUGCCCUAUUUGCGAUUCGUAUGUGAAAUCCACCACCAGAGUGAGAAUAUGUGGAGAAUGCUCUUUCGGACACCUUGUCAAGAAAUGCAUUAUAUGUGGAAAUGGAUUCGAGGAAGGUGUCCCAUCGUACUACUGCUUGGAAUGUGUCACAUUAGAGAAGGAUCGUGAAGGGUGUCCUAGGAUUAUUAACGUAGGCUCCUCGAGAAGCGAUAUGAUGUUCAGUAAGAAGAAGGCCGAGAAGAGCUCAUGA